CUCCUCCUCUCUCUGAGGUAUUAAGGUGGUUCAGGUACGAGUGGCUCCCAUUGCAGUCCUGGAUUAAGGUUGAGAACAAACUUCACACAGGGAAACAAAACAAAACAAACCAGGAUUUUACAUCUUUAUCCGUAAGAAGUCGACGGUCCACCGACAAACGUGAGACCGAGGCGAGAAACGGAAGAGAGCGAACGAGAGAGACAGACGGAUCGAGAGCAACAAGGCAGAGGCCGUGGGAAGAUAAGAAAUAAUGUGUUGUACGGGAAAGUGUGCCCGCCUGGUGGGCCUGAUCCUGCUGCCGUCGGCCUUCCUCUGUAUGAUCGCCAACCUGCUGCUGUUCUUCCCAAAUGGAGAGAUACUGGAGAACGAGCAGAUCUCCCUGCAGGUCUGGCUUAUGGGGGGACUCAUCGGAGGAGGCCUCUUUAUGCUGUGCCCCAGCUGUUCAGCAAUCCGGGCAGGGGGGAAGGGCUGCUGUGGAGCGGGUUGCUGUGGAAACCGCUGCCGGAUGCUGAACUCCGUCUUCUGCUCGGGUUUGGGUCUGGCUGGGGCGAUCUACUGCACCAGCGUGGCCUCGGCAGGUCUGGCCAUUGGGCCCAAGUGUAAGGUGGCGAGUGGAGAUUGGAGCUACCCCUUUGAAAACCUCGGCAGCGGUAACAACAGCUACCUGGCAGACAAGACGUCAUGGGCGCUCUGCGUGUUCCCCGAUAACGCGGUGAUGUGGCACAUCGUCUUGUUUUUCAUCCUGCUCUUACUGGGUCUGCUGCAGAUCGGCCUCUGCGGCGUCCAGGUGAUCAACGGCUGCCUGGGCUGCUUGUGUGGGGACUGCCGCGACAGCAAGGAGGAUGAUGGUGGAUUGUGAGAGACACAGAGAUGAUCACCAUGCCUUCAAGAAAGGCUCAGACGAGCUCCUGGAGAAACUGAUUUGUUUGCUAACGCCUAUUUACAGGGUGCUUUUGGUCGUCAGCUUGUUUGUAAUUUAUUUUGAUACUGCAGUGAUGCUCUCUUAGAUCUGUUUCGGGAUGUGCCUUAUCCAAGACCGGUGUGCCGUUAUUCUAGUCUUAUUCUUAUCUCACGGUUUGUUUAUACUGUCUGCAUAAUAUUGUGUAACAUUACUAAAUCUGGUUUUACUAAAUACUGAGAAAGAGUGAGACAUCCCCGCUGAAGGACUGACAAAUAUCUCUUGACAGUUUGUCUGAGUUCAUGUGGGAAGCCGGAUGGGUUUGGUUUCGGAGAACAAGACACAGUCAUGUGAAAAUAUAUGUUGAGUUUGUGUAUUUAACUGAUACGGUAUGUGUGAUGCUAUGUGAGUUGUUCUUAUGGUAAAAAGCUGGACGAAAAAAGGACUAAACUAUCACACGUCGCUGAUAUCAUUUUGGUAAAUUGAUCAUAAUAAAACCAUUUUAGAUGCGAGUUGUCAUGAUUAUUAUUAUUAUUGUUAUUUUUAAUGUCUAUGGCUCUGCAUUGCCUUAACUAAUAAACGAGUCUUUU